AUGGUCUCUUCCUCCUCCUCCUCCUCUUCCUCUGGUAAGAACAUGGAGGAUGCCAUGACACAAGGAGUUGACACGGAGGGUGAAACCGGAGAUGCCAAACCAGAUAAUCAUGAUGACAAUAUUAUUCCAACCAAAGAAGACCAUCGUUAUAUGCGUCCUAAGACAGUGCCGCCAAAUUUGUCAGCCUCAAAGCUAGAAACUCCGGGGGUGAACACGCCGUUUGAUCCUCACGUCCAGCAAAAGCGCACCAAGGCGGAGCUGAGCUUCAGCUGCGCGGGACCAGAUGGUUCACCAUGGCCGAAUGAAAACGAUCACAAGACUACCGGAACUCAUGAAAGGAAGGAGCAAGAGCAAGAGAAGGAUGAUAAACACUACUUUGAGCACCACAAGGCUUCUCCCUUGUCGGAAAUUGAGAUAGCUGAUUCCAGGAAACCUCUUACUAGGGUCCUUCAUGGGACGGGGACGACGGGUGGUUAUUUUGGUGAUCAGCAGGUGAUGACGUGGACACCGGAACAACUUGAUACUGCGGAGCAGUCUCUACUAAGAGCCUCACAGAUAUUUCGAGAAUCAGCUGCGAGAGGAAUUCCGGAACUGCCUCAUUCAAGGAGACUCAGACAACUUCGUGGCGAGGAUUGGUAG